CAAGAAAAGACAUCGAUGCGGACCAAGUACACAGCGUCGGCAGUGUAAACGCAACGACCGAGAGCGGCGUCCAACGAAAACAACAAAACUUUCCACACAGGGUGAACAACCGGCCGCAGUGUUUAUGUUGUGUGAAACUAUUUUGUGAUUUAAUUUUUUAAAUUUCCCCACAUGCUGGUGUCGCUAAAAUGACCGUUUUUAAUUUACUAACGUUAUCGAACGUUUGCCGUGCCUGUUUGCAGUCGGUACACCCCGAUCAGAUGGAGACGCUGGACACGCAUCGUCCACUGCUGGACGGAACGAUUGGAACCUUCCUGCAGGACAUCACGUUUCGACUGCCCGCGAAUGUCCUGCCCUACCUGCCUGGCUCCGUGUGCAUAGCCUGUUUGGAGGUGAUGGAAUUUUUCAGCAAAUAUCGCCGAAAGAUGCAUCAUCUGCACGAGUUCCUUGUCGCGCUGGUGCGUGUGAAGCUGGGCGAUGAAAUGCCGCUCAGGGAGCUGUUCGAGAGCCGAACGGAACAGCUGGAACUAUUGUUUCGCGAUCUCGACCUGUGCAACGCGACGGAGGCUGGCGUGGAGGAUCUCUUGCAGGAGUACGAUCAGUACAUGAUUGCUUCCAUGAAGCAAGAUGAUGGUGAUAGCAACGAGCAGGGGGACAGCUUGGAGGACCAGAUUGCACUAGCAGAGUCGGUGCAGUUGGAAGAGUUGGUCCCGUUCGAGGAAUCGGCCAUGGUGGACGAGCCUGUGAUAUUGGAACAGCUGGUGCCAUUGGAUGAUAUAUCCGAAGAAGAGGUCACUCCGGAUGAUAACUCGAUAGUGGAAGACGAAGUAGAAGAAGAGUCGAUUCCGGCAAAGCAUAAUGAAAAGAAGAAACGGAAAGUUAUCCAAACAAGCAAACGCGGUCGAUUGAAAAUAGAGCUCGAAGUGGAUGUGGAAAAGGAUGCAACCGCGACGGAUGAUAGCGAGGGCGAGAAGGAGAAAAGCAAUCUCGAUCGGGAACGCUAUCAGUGCGAAAAAUGCCCUUACAAAUCGUACCACACCGUUGCGUUCACUAUGCACACGAAAAAGCACCAGCUGAACGAGGGAAAGGUCGGGUACGUGUGCAACAAUCCGUUCUGCUUGCAGCUGUUUGGUACGGUGGACGAGCUAGAGCAGCACAAGGCCAGCAACCCGCACAGCCGGUACAGGUGCGAAAUUUGCGGCAACGAGCUGAAGCAUCGCGUCUCGCUCGAGGUGCACAUGGAGCGCCACGUCGGCAUCACGCGCUAUGAGUGCCAGUACUGUUCGGCGUCGUUUCACACGCGCACCGAGCUGACCAACCAUCUGGCCGCCAUUCACAUCAGCGAGGAUCGGGCCGAGUGCGUGCAGUGUGGGGCGGUGUUUACGAGCAAGAAGCUGCUGAAGCAGCACCUGGAAUCGCACACCCUGGUGCGCAAAUUUGGCUGUGCGGUGUGUGGACGACCGUUCAAGACGCAGCACCAUUUGAAUCGACACGUGAAAGCGGUCCACACCACACGGUCCACACGGUUCCAGUGUGAGCACUGCGAUGCGUCGUACAGCCGGCGGGACAAGUGGCGAAUGCACGUGGAGAGCUUUCAUGGGAUACAAACAUACUUCGUGUGCGACAUUUGUGUCCGAUCGUUCGACACUAGUGAAGCACUGCAGGAGCACCGCCAUCGUCACGAGCAUCCGAAAAAGCUGGAAUGUGGCACGUGUCUGAUCGUUUGCCUCACACAGGAAAGCUUCGACCGGCACACGUGCAUCACGUACCAGGAGGAUUAUGUUUGCUGUGGGCGCGAUUUUAAGUACCACAUGCUGUACAACAAGCACAUGAUGAGCCACGGCAUUAAGGUGAACGCUAGGGUAAAACCGAAGACGAAUCUGCUGCUGGGACAGGAAAGGGCUAUGCGAGCGGCACAAUUGUCUAAGCAGAGUUAUCAGCGGAAGAUAAAUAAGAUGAAAUCUUCCAAGCAAACUAGCACGCAGCAACGUGGCCAAAAACAUGUCCAGGAAGGCGAAAACAGUGUAGAAAUAAUAGAAAUCAAGGAAGAGGAGCUUUUCCCAAACGACGCACAGCAGCACCGUAUGGAUUGAAUUGGCUGUAGUGGCUUAAAUUGAUUUAGCUUGACCCGUAAGGACAGCUCUCUAUCCCUCCAACAUUCCAAACAAGAGACAAAAGUGAAUAAAACUGUAACGGGUACGUAAAACAUAGUUACGAUAA